GAUUCUAACCUAUGUUUAUUUCCGUGUUCUUCCAUCAAUUCUCCAUGCAAGUGUGAACGUAUUUCUUUGACGUACAAUUAUUAAUAUAAAGAUGACUGUGUGGGAAAGACUGCGAAAUCCUUGUGGUUGGAGAGCUGGUGCCAAACAAAUUUCAGUCGACGCAAUGAUACCGAUAUUUGCGGUCCCGUCAUUAGCAGUAAUAGCCGCACAAACCGUGCUAUCUACUGUAAUUAUAUUUGUUGCAACACCAAUAUUGGUGUAUUACUUGCACCACAAUUUCCUGAGAUUUCUACUUCGUACAAAAUUUUUUUUAAUGUGGACUAUUACAAGUGUAGUCAUGUUGAUGCUGAUUUUUGAAAUAAGUGUUGUACCACUAUUAGAAAUCUUACCAGAAGAGAAUUUAGUGUUCAUAACGUGUGUCGUAGGCGGUAUAUGGUGCGGCUAUAUGACUAGAUUAAAUGCAGAUUCUGCUACUCAGGAAACUACUUUAACCCAAGGUUUAGAACUUGGUGAAGGAAGCGGAGAACUUUGUAUUACUUGUAGGAGAAGAGCACCUCCAAAAGCACAUCAUUGUCGAAUGUGUCAGACGUGUAUCCUCAAUAGAGAAUAUCAUUGUAAAUGGUUGGACUGUUGUAUAGGUUCCAGCAACUUAAAAUGGUAUUUGGGAUGUUUAUUCUUCUCAGCUAUAGCUUUCAUCUAUGGUUCUAAUUUAACCAUGACUAGUGUAUGCCAUCCUUUUAUACUUAUCGGCACUGUCCUUUUGCCAGAUGAUUGCAGCGAUGUAUAUCAUCAAUUAGACAUUGCCCUUUGCUUCAUCUCGGCACUCUACAGCUUGCUUGUUGGGCUAGUGGUAGUUUGUUAUUUAAUGUAUCAUCUUUGGUUAAUUUACCUUGGUACAACAUCCAAUGAAAGACGCCUUCUGGAAACUGGAAGCCCGUAUGACCAUGGGAUGUUGAAAAACGUAUCCCGAUUAUUUUGCUGUAAAACUUAGAUAUUAAAUGUACA